GAAAAUUAAUGUUUAAAUGCCCUUCAAAAGUAAGUAAAUAGGUCCGAAACAUAUAAAAUGCGGUUAAUCCCGCCGUGAUCCAAGCUAUUAUUGCGAAAAUAGGCGAAUACAACCAACUAUCAUUAAGAAUUUCAUCUUUUGACCAAAAACAAGCAAGAGGUGGAAUACCACAAAGAGAAAAUGUACCUAAUAAAAACGAAGUUUUGGUAAUCGGUAUAUACUUUGUUAACCCCCCCAUCAAAACCAUAUUCUGAUUUUUAUCGGCGGAAUAGCCAACAAUACUUUCCAUUGAAUGAAUAACAGACCCAGACCCUAAAAAUAAUAAUGCUUUUGAAUAAGCAUGAGUAAUCAAAUGAAAUAAAGCACUUCGAUAAGACCCGAUUCCUAGAGCUAGCAUCAUAUAACCCAAUUGAGACAUUGUUGAAUAAGCUAAACCCCUUUUAAUGUCUUUUUGAGCAAGAGCUAAAGUAGCUCCUAAUAAUAUUGUAAUUAUGCCUAUCAAAGAGAUGAAAUCCAUUAUAUAAGGUAUAACUAUAAAAAUAGGAAGAAGACGAGCUACAAGAAAAAUACCCGCUGCUACCAUAGUAGCGGCAUGGAUAAGAGCCGAAAUAGGAGUGGGACCCUCCAUAGCAUCAGGUAACCAUACAUGAAGUGGAAAUUGUGCGGAUUUAGCAACUGCACCAGCAAAUAAUAGAACAGCACACAAAGUAACAAAUAUAGAAUUGACUUGAUUAUUGGAAACCAAGUUAUUAACCAUUUCGAAUAAAUCCCGAAAUUCAAAACUACCUGUUAUCCAAAAAAGACCAAAAAUUCCUAAUAAUAAACCAAAAUCGCCCACACGAUUUGUUACAAAAGCUUUUUGACAAGCAUUUGCUGCAAGAGGUCGUGUGAACCAAAACCCUAUUAAUAGAUAGGAACACAUUCCAACCAAUUCCCAAAAAAUAUAAAUUUGUAUCAAAUUGGAACUAGUAACUAAUCCCAACAUGGAAGUACUGAAAAAACUCAUAUAAGCAAAAAAUCUCAAGUAUCCUUGAUCGUGAGCCAUAUAAUUAUCACUAUAAAUAAGAACCAUAAUUCCAACAGUAGUGAUUAAUAUUGACAUAAUAGAAGUAAGUGGAUCGAUCAAAUAACCGAAUUCUAAAGAAAAAUCAUUAUUGAGCGUCCAAGACCAUACAUAUUGA